AUGAAAAUCGUCAUCAUUGGCGCUGGUCUAGGCGGCCUCACUGCUGCCUUUGCCCUUGCAACAGCCGGCCAUGACGUCCAAGUCCUCGAGCGUAGCCCGACUCUAAAUCCCACGGGAGGCGGCAUCAGCAUCAGGCCAGGCGCAAGCAAAGUCCUCCAAAGCUGGGGUCUCAAGAAGCUCCUCGAGCGAAUCUGCGACCGAUCUUCGUCCGUCACCUACCGCGAGCUAAAGACCGGCGAGAUCCGGAGGACCAUUGUCGACUCUCCUGAGCAUGCCGACUGGGGAACCACGAGAAGGGCCAUGAUCAAGCUACUCCAUCGCCUGGCAACCCAAGCCGGAGCGCGAAUUCGAUUUAGCGCAAACGUGGCGCGCGUUUCCGACGACGCAGCACAGGCGACGGUGACGCUCGAGAACGGAGAAGAUGUUGUAGCCGACGUGGUCCUGGCGGCAGAUGGCAUCAAGUCCCAGACUCGGCGGGCCGUGCUGUCAGACGUGGGCUCUCCCGAGCAAUGGGAUCCCAACGUCGACAACACAACGUUCUACAGCUUCGACAUGGCCGUGUCCAAGCUGACCGACGACCCGAGCUCGAUGAAGCUGACGGAAGACACAAACAUCACGGCCUGGAAGGGCGACGGCGGCUUCGUGAUAACACGAUACAGCUCCCGCUUCAAGCGCGUCGGGCUGCUGUUUGCCAUCGAGGGCGAGACGGACCAGAAGGGCCUGUGGGACGAGAACGGCGACAUCGAGUACGUGCGGCGCUUCUUCGCGGGCUCGUGCAGCGACAUGGUCAAGGCUCUCGGCAUAGCAAAGACGUGCGACCGCUGGCGAAUCGCCGAGGUGCCCAACCUUCCACGCUGGUCCAGCCCGGCCGGCAGGAUCGUGCUGCUGGGCGAUGCCGCUCACGCCAUGCACCCGAACGCGGCGCAGGGCUACUCGACCAUCAUCGAGGACAUUGGCGUGCUGCAGUUCCUCUUCGCCAGCCUUCCAGGGGCGACGGUUCCGCAGAUUGUGAGCGUCUGGCAGGCCGUCUGCAAGCCCAGGGCGGAGCGAAUCAAGGAGUUUUCGCGCUGGAACACGAAGCAUCUGUCGGGGAAGACGAGGGCCGCCAUUGGCGUCCCGCACGCCUACAGCCUGCUGGAGAGUGUUGUGCCGGACAUGAAUGCGGAUUUCAGCAGUCUGGAGUUUUGGAAGUGGAAUGUCGAUUACGACGCCGUUGACGAGGCACGCAAAUACCUUGGAAGAAAAGCGACUCCUUCUAGGCUGUAG